UGGUUGGGUCGAAAGAGGGAGAGGUGCGUGGUGUGUUCGGUCCCGGAGCCUGUGGGGAGGGAGGGAGGGAUGCGUGUGCAUGGGGCCGCCCUGCAAACGGGGUGCUCUGCGGCCGCCCAAGGGACCGGCAGUGGGAGGAAAGGGGACGGUGACAUUCCGGGAGCGGGCACUGCCGCGUGACUGUCUGUUGCAAUUUCUGAGCAGUUUUGUCUGGAAGACUGUGCUCAGGUUAUGACGACUAAUCCCAAACCGAACAAGGCAUUAAAGGUAAAGGAGGAGUCAGGAGAGAAUGCCCCAGUGCUGAGUGAUGAUGAACUCGUGUCAAUGUCCGUACGGGAGCUGAACCAGCACCUGAGGGGUCUCACCAAAGAGGAGGUCAUCCGUCUGAAGCAGCGGAGGCGCACGCUGAAGAACCGGGGCUACGCUGCCAGCUGCCGCAUCAAGCGUGUGACUCAGAAAGAGGAGCUCGAGAGGCAGCGGGUUGAGCUGCAGCAAGAGGUGGAGAAGCUGGCCAGAGAAAACAGCAGCAUGAAGCUAGAGCUGGAUGCCUUGCGCUCCAAGUACGAAGCACUCCAGACCUUUGCUCGUACUGUGGCGCGAGGGCCCAUUACCCCGACCAAAGUUGCCACCACCAGUGUCAUCACCAUCGUGAAAUCAGCCGAAAUCUCAUCCAGUUCUGUGCCCUUUUCAGCAGCCUCCUAGUGCCCUCGGUGGGGGAACUAGCAGCCUUUCAGAGGGGAGGGGAUAAGGCUCUUAUGCAUUGUUCCGGAGUCCUUGGUCACGUCAAGAAUUGGCAUUUUAAGAAGUCUCUUCCAAAAGUGCAAAAAACAGAAGAAAAUAAAAAAAGAGAAAAACAAACCCAAAGGGUCCCUACAAAGGGAACUUAACUGGCUGCUUCUGUCUGGACUCAGUGGCUCCAUCAAGCUCUCGUGUCCAGGAUUUGAGCUCUGUAUGCAGUACCAAUUGCAAGAUCUGUUUCCUCCUUCCCGCUGCCUCCACAAACCCCUCUCAGCUGUGGGCAGCUUUCCAGCUGGGAGAAGAUACCUGAGGAGCCUCCGGAGUCCUCGUGAAUGAUGCUCAAGAGCCAGGAAACAUAAUGGACCGUAGAAAUCAUCAUGUGAGAUGAAUGUAUGGGAAAAAGAGUUUCCUUUAGUGGCCUCCUACUCCUUGUAAGAAGGGUCUCCCCUAACUUCCCCACUUCCAUCUGAUAUUAUGAGGGCAGGAAUAUAGGCUUCUUGGGUUUGAUUUCAUCCUGCUAAUGGGAGUGGGAGGAUGAUGGAGAUAAAUGCUUGGGUCUGACCACACCCAUUAAGAAUAACCUUUUGUUUUCAAUCCAUGCUGUUAAAAUAUGGAAAAAUAUAUAUUUUACAUAUUUUAAUAUGCCCCAUUACCUGUGUGGCCUGUAAAAAAAACUACAUUGCAGCCUCCUUUAUUCCAAGCCCAAGUUUCCUGAUAGCUCCUUCCCAAAGGUGUGCCUGUGAAUUGGAUAUAUUUAUGCAGUUUAUUUCUUCCAGAUGAUCCGCAGUCUUGAAGUAGCAGCUUUUUUUUCCUGGGUUACCUGAAGCUGAAGGGAGGGAGGCACAGUAAAUGCUGUGAAGAGCAGUGCACUGGGGAGGAGAAGGGGAGAUGAGGAGAAAAAAUGCUGCAUGUAUUACUAGUGGAGGCAGAAUUGGCUGUGAGAGAAGGUGGGACAGUUCUGCUGGGAUCAGCACUACGAGAAGGGGUUUGUGCAGAGUAUUUCAGAAGGAUGUUUUUAAAGCACUGAAGUGUAACUAGAGGGAAAUAGCAUUCAGCCAGGAGGAGAGAAGUUUAGUCUCCCCUUUGACAAAAGCAUUGGUAUGUUAGCAGUGAGCAUCCUUAGCUGGAGAGUUGCGCUCACCAGUCCUUGGUGAUCAGAGAAGGGCUGUGGGGAGGUCAGAUGGGAGCUUGGAAGAGUCUUUCCCUCUCCAUGGCACAUCAGAUGCUGAACUUGGGAUCCAAAGAGUACAGUGAACAACCCUCAGUGUUCAGACAACCUGUGUGAAUGUGACCCUGAAACUUGAUGCUUUCUCUUGCAAGUGGGAGAGUUAUCCUGAGAGGCGCACGGAGGGCAGGAUGGAAAAUCAGUGUGUGUGCAGAGGACAGAAGAAUUGGGAUCGAGAAGUCGUUUGUUUGGCUCUGAGCAGUGGUUUGGGAGAGGGAUUUCUGGCUUGGCAGUGGGCAGGAUUUAGGAAGCUGAAAGGAGAGAUUCUGCUGUUGCGCAGCAGUGAUGAAAUAAUGAAUGUUUCCAGGUCACUGUAAAAAAAAAAAAA